AGCAAUCUCAGAAACUCUGGCCAAUGCCUAAAUCGUGCAGGGGCAGUUGCCAUAUUAGCAAUCUCAGAAACUCUUAUGGACCUGGCCGCUCUCAGUCUUUUAUCUGGUUUUCAUUAAACAUAGCAUACGUAUCGACAAAUCGCUCGUGAAUAUGACUACACAGUUGACAAUGUACACACUGUUGGACAGCCUACCGUUAGCUAACAGGGCGGAAAAAUCGAUAACGCAGGUUGUGACAGAAAAAUGAUAACGGGAACUCGCGAGCCUUCAAAGUCAUGUAACAGCGUAUUAAAUUAUAUUUGCGCCUUUGAUGUUUACGUUUGAGUUUUAUAUUCCGUAACUGUGAUGUUACAUAUCAGUGUAAUUUAACUGAUAAGUUGCGUUAGCUGAAGCUUAUUUGUAGCCACAAGAAAAAGAAGGGUAAUAAUUUAUCGAUACUAACGUAUACACGGACCAGUGACGCCUCAGGAAACCUAAUUAAAAACAUAUACGUCUAUAUACACAUAUAUUUGUUAUAUAUAUAUAUAUAUAUAAUUGAAAAUACAGACGUUUCGCAUUACCGGCGAUACAAUCGUAUCGAUAGCGGAGAACUGAACCUAUUUUCUGGAUCCGUGUGCUUCAUCGGUGCACGUGCUAAAGAUCAAACGAUUUCACAAUGUGUCAAAAAAUGUCGCCUAUCAAUUGCUGCGUCGUUUAACACCCCGAAAACACUUGUUAUCUCUUAUGGAAUUUCGAUGUAAACAAAUUAAAUCUUUGUUUUAUUGUUGUUAAUACUAUUGCUCUGGAUCAAUCGUGUAUGAGAUAUAUCGCCAGUUUUUAAAAUCUGUCGAUAUCGAAUCAAUAAUGAAUUCUUGCAAAAAGAACAAUGAGAAUGCUUUGGCAAAAGUUCUGGAUCUGUUUCUUCUGCCGGACUACAACAUCAUCUCGACAACUUAUCUAGAUCAUUUGCUAAGCCAUAUUGCGGAGAACACAAAAGAAUGUUCUACAGUUGAUUACGAAUAUUGCGAGGUCUUCCAAAAAUGGAUACCAAAAGCUUUAGGAGUAUGGGAAUGUGGACAGAAGGCUUCUCAGCCUGUGGUGGCGUUUACACUGAAACUUGUGGGCAUUAUCUCGCGCCAUGAACUACGCUAUCAUUACUGGCAGUGUCAAGAUGUGUAUAACAGAUUGUGUACAAUUUUGCAAUUGCGUAGAGAUGACUUACCAGCAUCUUGUAAAAUGGCGUAUACAACAAUGCUAUCCGACUUGAUAGCUCAUAGAAGUGGCAGACAAUGGGUGAUAACAUCUGGUGUGUGGAAAGAUGUUAUGAAAGGUGCACAAAGUAAUCACACAAUAUAUGUUACGAGAGAGAGCCAGAAAUUUCUUUGCACACUGCUGCUUCACGAGCACAAAAAUAUCGAGGCCUGCAAGGAGAUUAUUCUGGCAAUUGCCGCUCCCUUAAUGAACAACACAGUGAACUCGCAAGUGCAAACCACUCGAGAGGACAUUUAUUUGGAACAAAACAAACUGCUGUGCUCCACUCUGGACCUGCUGAUCAGCAUUCUGGAGAAUACGUUAUUUGCGAAUCUGGACAACAACAUUCCUGUGAUGCUUGAGGAACUUGUCGGCCUCGAGUUGCGAGUAAAAGCGAUAUUUCAAGCCUGCAUCAGCACCAAAUUUUUGCAGCCUGUGCACAAGUUGGUGUUGCUGUCGUUAUUCACGAAAUUGAAGCAGGGUAUCAAAGAAGACACUAAUGUAUUGGACAAAGAUGCGUUUCAACAGUUUUCCCAUGGUCUAUGCUACAUCUCUAUGAUGUUACUGUCGAAGAAAUAUAUCAUAGAGCUGGUGAGAAACAACAAGUACGGAAUGGUGUACUGGAAGAAGCUGCUCGCGUUGCGGGAAUUCGUUUUGCUAGAACAGCACAAAUACGAGCAUCAAGCCAUCGCGCUAAUGAUAUUGCCAUUGUGCAUGUGUAUAAAAAAGAAUCAUCUGAAUCACGAUCUUUUCGAUAUGUUCUGUAAUAAAAUUUUUGACGUAACGUCCACGCCUGUGCAAAGACUGGCUUACUACAUGAGAGACACUAUACGGAAAGAAGAUCUUCCGAUGGAACAGAUUUGCAAAGUGUCUAUUGAUCUUCUUCUUGAAAUAACCGACAUAAUGGAUAGAGAUGUAGCGGUGAUCACUUUUCAAGCUUUGUGUCAUGUUCUGAAGAGUUAUAUGCCUGCCAGCAUGUGUGGGGGAGAAACGAAGAAUCGCGCAUCGUCAGACACGAGCAACAAUUCGUCGGAACACCAGCGAAAGUUCGGGUAUAAGUCGAUACUGGAGGGUGAUCCGUUAGUCGACUAUCCCGUUCUGCUGGCCUCGCUGCUCGACGGAUUGGCUGUCAUGACAGAGAAGUUUAAACUGAAAUGGCAGGAAUGCGUGGAGACGAUAUGCGUGUUAUCGCUCGCACAAGAGAUUCUCAAUCAUUCUGGGAUUUUGCCAACGAUUUGCGUGAAAGCGUUGAAGCUGUGCAAGCUCGCCAUUCAUAACUUCAUGCCGCCGAAUUUGGCGCUACUCGUGGAUUCCGAUAGCAACAUGAACGAGAUAGGACCUACACUUUACAAGAGGCUACACGAUCCUAACUGGGAAGUGAGAGACAGCGUUCUCGAAGUUCUCAACACGAUCGCAACCAUUUCCGAAGACAAAUAUCCGGCUUUCCAAGACUUACUGUUGGUCGAUCAAUUUCCGAAGGUAACGCUCGAAAUUGCCAAAAUGGAUGGCGAGAGUUACGUGCGAUCGUCAGCGUUAACGUUCAUCGCCACUAUUGUGCGCAUCAAUAAAAUAUGGGAGCAGCAGUUAUCGCAGAUGGAUUUAACCGAAACGGCGAUACAUAUAAUCGAGAACGAGAGCGAGGCAAUAGUCAGAAGAGAAGCUGUGAACUUAAUCAAAGAGUUAUACGUUCAUCGGAAGUGGUCGAAAGAAAUAAUCGAUUCGAUGCUGCGAGCGAUGUCCGUAGCGGCCGUGUUUGAUCUUCACUGGGAAGUGAAGACGAACGCGUUGUCUUUUUGGGAUCACUUCGUUAAAUCACAUUUGACAGAUCAGGGCAUGCUCGACGACUCAUUUCCAAACGUGACUUUUUCCAAGGAACAUAGAAAGAUUGUUGCGUUGAACGAAACGGAGAUAAAACGAAGAUUGAAUAAAGCGCUCGAUGAACUUGCGAGACAAAAUUGUCUAGGCGUACUUUUGGUCACUCUGAAGGACGACAGUGACUUCGAGGUGUGCAAAACGUCCGCCGCUAUUAUCAAAAAAUUAAAAUCCUGCUUGCUUAAGUACAAAUUGGACGAACCACUAUCGCCGGCGGAGAACAACGCUACGAUAGACACUGUUUAUGUUAAGGAGACACCGGCAGUUUCUUCACCUGAUGUUAGCAAAAAACUGCCUAGCGCUCCUGACGUUAUCGAGGAGAUCGUCGAUGCGAACGACGCCAACUUGUUAGCGACCAUCUACGAGAACUCCAUGAAUGUAGACGAGACACCGAAUGAGGAAGCAAAGAAGAUGCUGACGUACAUCUCGUCCGUAACGCGGCAGGAGUUUCUCCGCGCGAUCUUCAAUUGCGACAUCGACGCUUUCAUCGAGGAGAAGAAUCGCUGGCUGAAAACGUACACCAGCAGUUUCGACUCGAUCCUCGACGACAUAUUGACGCUGUACGAGAAGAAAGACGUCAACUCGAUGGAUUGCUACUAAAGUUACAAUUUUCCAAAGCAAUGUUGUAUAUGUUUCAAGUGUAAUUUUUACGUGUAAUUUCAAUUCUUUUUUUUUUUUAUGUUGCAAAGUCACCGAAAGGUGACGUGUAAAUUGUAUAAACACAACUAGAAUAUACACAGGGUUGAUAACAUA